UCCUGCUUCUGUUCUAGUUGCCCUUUCUUCUCUCUCCUUCUGUCUCUCUCUCUAUUUUUUGCUUCCAAAGCAACCAUGGAAGUUCUUGUAAUUCAGAGAUUCAACGAUUUUCAGAUUGCUUCUUCUUCUCUCGCAGGGAUUCAAUCUGUUUCCAUAGCCUACAAUUUCUGUAAAUGGAGUGCUGUGAUUCUUGCUCUGGUCGCCGCCUUUGGGGGUAUCGUCAACAGAAUCAAGAUUCUCAUCCUCAGAUUGCUCCACGAGACUCAUUCUCUUGCCUCCAGUAAUCUUCUCAGCAAUCUCGACCUUGAUGAUUAUAGCAGCAGCUCCGACGGCGAGGACGGAAACUACUCGUCACCGUCGACUGUGUCAUCGGAGUGCGAAGAAGACGAAGACGAGCAAGCUGUAUGCUCGGUAUCUUUCCAAUGGCGGCGCGUGGAUGAAGAUUUCCUGGUCAGAGGCUCCGGUUACCAGCUCGACGACCGGUUGCAGAGUGGUAAAGUGAGGCAUCGACGACGCCGUAGUAUCGGAGAGAUUUUUUCACUGUCGGAGAUCGCGAACAGCAAGAGCGUGGUGAAGCUUUGGGAUAGCAUAGGAUUUGGGCUGGGAUUGGACUUUGACGAUUAUGAAUCCUCUUGCUCCGCUGCCGCCGUCGCUGGAGCCUUGGCGGCCGGCGAAAAAGCAUCGAUCCCAGCACAGUCUAGCUUGUCUCCAGCGGUUGUCGUUACGGCCGGAGAAAGCGCGUCGAGAAAUUUGGCUGUGGCGAUUUGGGACAUGCGCCUUCGGUGCCGGACGCCGGCUGUGAUCGCCGAGUGGGAGGCUAACGAGGGAAGGAUCGUAGGCGUAGGAUCCGGCGGGGUAGAGAAGGUGUACGUCAAAGAUGACGUCCGUUGUGGUGUCACGGUAGGUGAUAUGAGAAAAGUUACGUCGCCGUUAGGUAUGGUGACGGAAUCUGACUUGGAUACGUGGUGGGAUGAGGACGCAGUUAUUGUUUCCGGCGAGUCUGACGAGUCAGUUUUGCGGCGGCCGUAAACUGAGACUUUCUGAAUUUUCUAAUUAAUGGAAGAUGAUGCCUGCUCUAAAUAAAUUUUAUUUGUAUAGUUAAAUUAAACAAUUAAUCGUAAAUGUAUUAAAUGGGAAAUAUUCAUGCAUAAUAAUUUAUUUUCAUUUAAAUUUAA